CACAAUCGCGCGCUCGACGCGCUGUAGGCGGUUGGGCCUCAGUUUCCUGGAGGGGGCGGAGCAGUCGGUUAGAAGCGGAGCCCGCCGAGUCCCUCCCCGCCGCCCGCUGCGCUGACCCUGCCUCUCGCCCCUGGCCGCCGCAGUCUGCCCAGAGCGAUGCCGCUGCCCGACACCAUGUUCUGCGCGCAGCAGAUCCACAUCCCCCCGGAGCUGCCGGACAUCCUCAAGCAGUUCACCAAGGCUGCCAUCCGUACGCAGCCGGCGGACGUGCUGCAGUGGUCGGCGGGGUAUUUUUCAGCCCUGUCCAGAGGAGACCCACUUCCUGUAAAGGACAGAAUUGAAAUGCCUGUGGCCACACAGAAGACUGACACAGGCCUGACCCAGGGACUCCUGAAAGUCCUGCACAAGCAGUGUAGCCACAAACAAUAUGUGGAAUUAGCAGACCUUGAGAAGAAGUGGAAAAAUUUGUGCCUGCCAGUAGAAAAGUUUAGAGCGAUCCUGGAUCUGGAUCCGUGUGAAGACAAAAUGGAGUGGAUCAAAUUUUUAGCACUUGCAUGCAGCUCUCUGGGUGGGUCCCUGAACACAGCUAUGAAGAACGUGUGUGAGAUCCUCACCUCUGACCCGGAGGGCGGGCCUGCUCGCAUUCCCUUUGAAACUUUUGCCUACGUUUACCAGUACUUGUCUGCACUGGACCCAGAACUCCCGGCCUCGGACACCGAGGACUAUCUUGCCAAUUUAAGAGAGAAGUCAGAAUCUAGAAAGAAUGGCAUGAUAGGACUUUCGGACUUCUUCGUUGGAAAAAAGUCAAUAUAGGAAGCCUUGAAGAGAGAGCUCUGAGGAACAGAGCGUUACUACAGAGAGGAACACGUUUAAUGUUGAAGCAAUGCUUUUGAAAAACCUUGGCGCCAAAUACAGCUUGUCAUUACCUUG